AUGCCUUUGAUCUCCUCAUCUUUCUUUCUUUAUUUUCUUUCUUUCUUUCGUCCUGUUCUUUUAUUUUCUCUCUGUUUCUUGACCUUUAUUUCUCUCUCUCUCUCUCUCUCUUUCUUUAUUUCUUUUUGUCCAUUCUUUCUCUCUCCCCCUGUCCCUUUCUCUUUUUCGUCCUUUCUUUCUCUCUCCUCUGAAAAGAAGGCAAGUGACUAUGAUACUCAGAAUCACUUUUAUCCAUCUGACCUCCAACAGCAGCAUCAGCAGCACCAGCAACACAUGGAAGUUGAUGACAUUAGUGUAGAAGGAAAUUCGCUUAAUAAUGUUGACUCACUUUGUGCCCCUAACCCAAUGGACAGUUGCCCAAUGAGAGGCAAUGUAGAUUCCAGUCUGCUGACCACACAGAAACAAGUUCUGAAAAACAGUAACCAGUCAUCAGGAGUUGUUUUUUUUUUUUUACAGACGCCUUACGGCCUCUUUCUUCGAGACGAAUCUCGAUACAAUUUCAUACCAGACCAGCCUCGGCCAAGAUGCCACACCUUAGAUCGGGACACGGUACCACGCUCCAAGUUGCACCGUGUAGAUGACGGCACAAUGAGCCGACGGAGGACUUACACCCUUGAUUUUAUUGAAUAUAAUUUUGAUAAAAGUCUCGAAUCAAGCACAAACAGUUCUCGUGGCAGCCCAAUGCCAGAUCGCGACCUACACAUCCCAUACAGUUCGUCGCCAAGUUCUCCCCACCCAAGGCCCCGUUCAGAUUCGGCCGGUACUGAUGACCUCGCACCUCGCAUGGAUUACGCCCCCAGGCCUCGCUGCUACAGUUUUCACGAUGGCCGAGCAUCGCGACCAGCUAAUGUCCAGCAUUUGCCAGAUGUUGAUCGUAUCUCGGUGGACAAUUCACAGACCCUCCUAGUGCCUGAUAUGAGACGAAGGAGUGUUGGAGCCUCCUAUGGUCUCCACACUAGGAAGGCAUCUUUGCUUAUUGAUAUUCACCCAUCUGACCUGUCCAGAACAGCCAACCAGUUACUAAAGUCUGAAGAAACGCGUACACCUUGUACUGAAUUACCAGAAUCAUCGAGAUAUUUGCUAACAGAAAACUCAGCCAAUUGCUACAACCCAGGAGUAAAAAUUGAUCCAACUAGAACAGACCUUGAGCAUUUUGCCUAUUACGAACCCCGAACAGCCCCACAUGCAUUUGUCACAAAACCCGAUUUUCAAAUCAGUGAGGAACUCCCGCUGCCUGACCCAAUUGUUGCACCGCUGAGAAAUCAACAACCGGUCUCUGACUAUCCAAGUGUGUUGUCCACGUCAACUCCCAAUUCCCAUUUAUCAUCUCUGACAUCACAAACGGGCAGUCCGAAUCCAGUUCAACAACAGCAAUCAUUUGCACAGUCGCAGUGUCAACAGCAACCACAAACCAUAUUGCAGCAUCUGCAACAGUCUGAACAACGCAGUACAACGCUUCUCAUUACAGAAUCCGGUGACAUCAAAAAAGAAAAUAGUAAUCCAACAAAUUUGUUUAAUGGUAACCAUGGUACCAACAGCACAAACAAGUCCAAAUUAUCAGCCGGUGAAGCCCACCCCCAACUACUAGCCCAUCUCCAGGCACCCAAUCCAAGCAGCCAGACAACACCUCUUCAUAUGAUGCUCCAUCCGUAUUCAUUGUUAGCACCUGGCGGCAGCCCUGUUAAUAUCGGGGGUCACAGCCCUAGUCCAUCCUCAAGUAAUGCACAAGGCCUGGCUGGCCUUCACUCCGAACCGAUAACAUCAUCAGUGAUAUCAGGACAUUCUAAUUACCGAAACAACAUUCAGAAUGUCGUAAAUGGUACUAUCUAUUCUCAGUCUGGUCCACAUCUAGUGGCAUCCUUGGAAGAACAAAAGCGAUUAGCCAAUGAAAGCCCAAACAAUCGAUAUCAAGUACAUGCAGCAGCCGUGUCACACCUUAAAGACAAAAUUCUCAAACGCAUGGACAGCAUUGAAAACUUAAGCAAAGAAUGUGGUGGUGGAAGCAAUGGUGAACUGCCUAUUGUAACUCAGGCUACAAACUGUGGGAGUGUCAUUGUACUUAACAGUGCAAGUCCAAACGAAAUCAAGACUUCUUACCCUACAAACGUGACUGGUAAUUCCCCGACAAUGGUGGUCUCUAGUCAGAUUGGUUCUUCCCCUCCAGCCAGAGUACCACCAGGAAAUGGUGGCUGCAGCCCACAGCAGCCCCCACCACAACAUUUACCCCAGCAGCAACAGCAUUCCCAAGCUUCACCUCCAAAUUUGGGUUACCCAGGAAUGUUGCCUCCACGUUACCCACCGCAGUUUUUGCAUGCCUACUCUUCACUGCCACAUGUUGGGGGACAUUUACUUCCUGGAUAUAGCCAGCAGUUGGCUUCUUUACCACAAAUCUCUACUGUCAAUCGCACAUCAGUGAUAACUUCAAGCCUUGGAAAGCCCCCUGAACCUGUGGAUGCCCCUCUUAACCUAACAGUGAAAAAUGAUAAAAACAACCUUGGCUUGGCUAACUUUUUAAACAGUCAAUCUAUCAGUGGUCUGCAUCAUAAGGAGUCUGCUUGA